AUGAAGCUGUCCGUGUUUCCGCUGCUGGCCCUGCUGGCUCUGUCCUCAGCCAAUCUGCAGGACAUCAUUAAGAAGAGCUCCAAGCACAGAAAAGGUAACAGUUCAUCAUCAGAGCCCUUACUGAACCCGGAGCUGCAGGGCCGGGUCCCUGACUCAGCGGGUCCCAACGUGGUGUCAGCUCCUUUGACUCCUGCUGAGCUGCUGCAGCAGGAGGAUCUGCCGUCCUCCUUCAUGUUCGGUGAUAACGUCAACCUGCAGUGGCUGACCUGGACCGGCUCGGUGCCCAAUGGAGCCGUAGCGAUCUACAACGGCUACACCGAGCGUACCGACUACGUCUGCAAGUACAAGUGCGAAGCUGGUUUCUACAACCCGAGCCUGGGUCCGUACUGCCGCUACCCCUACGGAGACCGCGAGUACUACGCUCCUGAGUUCGAGAUCCUGACCAACAAAGACAACUUCGAGUUCCUGGAGUGGAAGGAAGGUUCCUAUGGUUCAGUGCCCCAGUAUUCAGUCAGGGCCUGCCCGGGUGUCGGCAUCUACGUCGGGAAGAACAAAUAUGGUCUCGGGAAGGUUGUUCCUCAGUUUGAAGCCUUCUUCCUGCCGUGGGAGGGGGAUGAGUACUGGUACAAGAAAUAUGAAGUCCUGGCCAUCAACAGAGACGCCUACACGCAGCACAUCUCUGACGUCAAGUACGCCAUCGAUGAGGUCGAACUCUUCCAGUAUCCUCCCGAGACCAUGCGCAUCUCCGGGGUCACCAACAACGACUGCCAGACGGUGACGAAGACGGUCACCAUCUCAAAGACCACAGAGGUGGAGACCACGUGGAACAUCGGCAGAGCCACCAUGCUGGGUAUCGCAGGAAGCAUCACCGCCAAAAUCCCACUCAUCGGCUCCGGUGGUAUUGAGAUGAGUGGCGAGAAGACUCUUCAGUUCAACAGAGGAACCACGAUGGUGGAGUCGCUCAGCCACUCCGUGUCCGUGGAGCUCACCGUCCCUCCAAACCACUCCUGCAAAGUCCGCAUGGAGGGACGCAAGAUCAAAGCCGACAUCCCUUACACCGCACGCCUCAGCCGCACCUACCGCAACGGGGAGACCCAGUGGACGUCCAUCUCAGGGAUGUACGACGGCGUCCAGAUCGGAGAAGUCCGCGCUGUGGUGGACCGAUGUGAACCUGUUCCUGAUGCCCAGCCGUGCCCCUAA